AUGGCACCCCUCGUUUGGCUCGUAACCGGCUGCUCCUCCGGCUUUGGAAGAGAAUUCGUCCAUGAAAUCCUCAAGAGCGGCGACAAAGUCAUAGCCACGGCUCGUCGACCUGAAACCCUCGAAGAUCUGAAAAAGGCCGGCGCGGCAGUGCUUCAACUGGAUGUCACCUGGGACCAGGAGCGCAUCAACGAGACCAUCAACAAUGCCAUUGCAAUCUAUGGCCAACUUGAUGUUCUCAUCAACAACGCUGCAUAUGUCUUGGGAGGUGCUUGGGAAGACCUUUCGUACGAAGACUUCCGGGAUGCCUUUGAGACAAACGUCUUUGGACCCCUGAAAGUCACAAAGGCCGCGCUCCCGCACAUGAGAGCCAGAAAGACAGGCACCAACGUCUUCAUCAGCUCCAUAUCGGGCUGGAGCGGAAUGGAGUUCAACGCAGGCUACGCAGGCACCAAAUUUGCUCUUGAAGGCAUGGCUGAGAGCCUUAACCGCGAAGUCAGACCCCUCGGUCUCCGCACUCUCAUCAUCGAGCCCGGCUUCUUCAGGACCGACCUCCUCUCCCAGGGGAACCUCAAGACCACAGAGUCCAGCAUCCCAGACUACGCCGAAGCGUCAAAGGCCUUCAAUCGGCUCCUCGCGGAAAAGAACCACGCGCAGGCCGGUGACCCGAAGAAAGGAGUCGCUGUUGUAGUCGAUCUCGUGCGCCAGGAGGGUGUUGCCAAGGGGAAAAAGGUCCCUGUGAGGAUGGCGCUUGGGCAAGAUGCGUAUGAGGUUAUCAAGGGCAAGUGCAGAAAGACGAUUGAGCUGCUAGAGGAUUGGAAGGAUGUCAUUUCCGGCACGGACUUGGACGCAUAG